AUGAAUCCCAACUUCCUGGCAAUUUCACUUCCCUAUACGGCCGCUUCCUCCAACUCUGCCAACUUCAUUGUCAAGAUAUGGUGUAAACCAGUGUACUCUAAACUUCCGAACUCAAACACAAAUACAGAAUGGCACUUACUUUCUGAGAAUAGAAUAGAUUUGAAAAAGCUCAUAUACGUUGGAAAGUCCCUUCACAACACCGAGGAUUAUUUUCGAACGAAUUCCAUAAUAUUGUACCUCAAUGAAAAAGCCUAUGUCAUGCCCAAUUCACUCAGGGUAGCCGUAGCGAAAAUUAGAAGUCUCAGUACAACACAAAGAUUAAAUUCAACAGAUAGACAGAAUGUUCUGAAAUCGUACGACUUUGACUCCUUACGUUCGUUGAACAAUCUUUCCAAUUCUUUGGAUGAGUUGAAACACACGAAACAUAAACUACUGUCUCUCAUAGACAAACACGUAGAAUCCUUCUACGACGAGACAAACGUAGACAACAUCAAAAUGGUGCUAGGAAAACUACACAACCGCAACCAGGUUUUAGAACAAUCUAUUAAUAAGCAGAAAGCUAUAAAUGACAGCUUGUCUUCGGACAUAUACAAUACCAAGAUUAAAAUCAAUCAGAUAAAGGAGCUCUCAAGUGAUAAACUCAACUCGGUCUUGGACAUGGGCAGUAACCAGCUUGAUUUCUUGGAAUCGGAGUUGGAACCUAUCAAGGAAUCGCUAGAAAACAACGUAUAUCCUUCACUAAUUGAAGAGUUGCAACUAACCACUAAGGUUAUUCAGGAAAUAAUACCCAUCUACAACAUCAACAAUAGUGUAAAGUUCGCUAUAAUGGGUAUGGAAUUCCCCUCAUCCAUCAAGGAGCUUUUAGAAGUUUGCUACUACAACAAAAAGAAUCUUAAGAACUUUAAUUAUUCACCAACAUUCGACAAUGAACACGAUAGCCAUGCGUUUAACAUCGAACAGGUCAAUGCUGGAUUGUCAUACAUAGUUCAAGUCAUUACUUGCUUGGCACAUAUCACAAAUUUGCAUCUAAAAUACGAGAUGGUUUCCGACGGAAACAGAAAUGAAACAAAACCCAUUGCAUACACAUUAUACUACGACCAUUCCAAGACUGAGAAAGUCUCAGGAGAACUCUCUGGGUCUGGACGCAAGUACGAUUUGCAGAACUAUGAUUUCGAGCAUGGACUCAAUCUUCUCAACAAGAACCUUGUACAGUUGAUUAACAACGUUACCGAUGUCUAUGACGAGUUCAAGCACGAUUCACGUGAAAGCAAGAUAUCCAACAAUAUCCCUAAUGAUUGCUUAGACAACUUUCUCUGGAAUCUUCAAUUCUUGAUCUUGUAUAUCACGGCUCCGAUAUCACAGACAGAGGAGAGUAUCUAGUUCUAUAAAUUGAAAAUAGACAGCUAAGUC